UGAAUUAUUGUGAGAACCAUUAGCAAUGGCCUUUCAGUUGAUUAAGAAGACCUCUCUGGUGGAUACUCCCCCUUUGGAGCAACAGCAGUUAUUGCGUCGUCACAGUAACCUGGGUCUGCCCCACCAACAGGCAGCUGGAGUGGUGCUACUAAAAUAUGAACACAAACUAAACUCCGGCUCAUGGGAAGACACCUUGGACGAGCCACACCGCCACCACCACCAGCAGCCGCACCAUCCCCACCAUCACCACCACCAGCAUCAUACUCUCCAUCAUACCGGGCAGCGGCAGAUCGGUUCCCCGCCAUCCAGUGCCAGCAUCACCACCGCCCAGCUGCAUAGUGCUUUCAGUCGCCGCAUUGCCGAGCAGCGGGAGAAGAGGGAGAGGAUAAGGGAUCGACAGGAUCAUCAGCGAGAUCAGCAGGAUCGCGACUGCCCCACCGGCAUCACAAUUGCCGGCGGAAGCUAUAGCGCCAACGGUGGCCAGGCUGCCACUGUUGGUUGCAGCCGGAGUCGGAGUAGCUGCAGCAGCGGCAGCGAACGGGACACCAAAUCUCCUCAUAGGGAUCCCCCAGAAAAGGAUAACCGGCAUAUUCUAUCGCAGGAGCAGGAGCUGUUGGAAGUGCAGGUUGUGCCGCAGGAGCGGGAACGGGAACGGGAACGGGAGCAGGAGGAUCAUCUCACCGAGGAGGAGCAGACCAGCAGCAGCGUGAGUUCGCUAAGUGCCGGUAACCAACGCAAUUCCCAAUUGCGUUCCACCUUCAACAAGGCCAAGCAGCAUUUGUCCUUCGACAAAUGGCGCACGGCCGCCAUCGGAAGCACCACAGGUUCCGGUUCCGGCUCAGGAUCAGGAUCAGGAUCGCAGUCUGAGAGUCCCAACUCGAACAACAUGAUAUUGCGGCGGGCCAGUGCCUGCACGAUGCCAUCGAAUGGCUCCGGAGGAAGCGGCGGGAGCAGUUCGUCCCAGCGGGAGGAUGUCACCACGCCGGGAGAGUCGCCAGGCCGGCUAUCCAGGUGGUUCUCCAUUCGAAGGGGCUCCUCGCAUCAGUACGAUGUGGGCGGCCGGCACUCCACGGCCUCCAGCUUCGAUACCCCCGAUUCGGGAUCGGCCAGCGACAAGGCGGGCAAGACGGCGGGGUCGGGAGUAGGGGCUUCAUCGGGUGGCCAAGUCGGAGCAGCGCUGGACGCCGCUUCGCCCCAGAAGCUGGCCAAUCUGGGGGCCAGUAAGAUGAUGCCCGGCGUGCCAGAGUACGAGGACGACGACGGCUCCCCAGGAGCGGGAGCCACCAAUGCCAAUCGCUUCGACAUGGACCUGAUGAUGACGCCGGGCAGCCGGGCCAACGGCACGGCUCGCACCGCCCACAACCGGCUGGUGGUGCCGAUGCUGCCGCCCGCACCCGCCGGCCUGUCGCAGCAGCAGCUGAAGAGGCGCCACAUCGUGGCGGCCAUCGUGCACAGCGAGAACUCGUAUGUGGCGACCCUGCAGCGUCUAGUCAAUGAUUACAAGAAACCGCUGGAGGAGUGCAGUCCACCGGUGCUGAAUCCAGUGAAGAUCUCCACUCUGUUCCACUGCCUGCCGGACAUCCUGCACUCGCACAAGCUCUUCCGGAUCACGCUGGCGGAGUGCGUCCGCAACUGGGACCGGGACGAGAAGAUCGGUGACUGUUUUGUGAGUGCCUUCGGGAAGCCGCAACUGCUGGAGAUCUACUCGGGGUUCAUCAACAACUUCUCGGCGGCCAUGGAGCUGGCCAAGAUGGAGGAGAAGCGCAAGUCCGCGUUGGCCGACUUCUUCAAGGUGAAGCAGAUCAGUGCCCACGACCGGCUCUCAUUCUUCGGGCUGAUGGUGAAGCCGGUGCAGCGCUUCCCCCAGUUCAUCCUCUUCCUGCAGGAUCUGCUCAAGUAUACGCCGCAGGGUCACCAUGACCGCAUGUCCCUGCAGCUGGCCCUCUCCCAGCUGGAGCUGCUCGCCGAGCUGCUCAACGAGAGCAAGCGGGAGGCGGAGCAGUACCAGGCCUUCAAGGAGAUGCUCGGCCACAUCUCGGGCACCUUCAACGCCCGCUCCCUCAGCCUCUCCAGCGUCAGUAUGAAUGACUCUUCUAGUGGCCAUCGGCCCCGCUACCUCCUGCGGGAGGACAACGUCACCCACAUGGAGUUCAACCAGGCGGGAUUCAUCGUCAAGUGCAAGCAGCGCCGGCUCCUGCUCCUCAACGACAAGGUCAUCUGCGUCUCGGUGGCGCCCAAGCAGUCGCAUGACUUCGGGGCCACCGAGAAGCUAACCUUCAAGUGGAUGUUUCCGGUCAACGACGUGGAGAUUGUGGACAACAGUACGUCGGCCACGCUCUCGAGGAUUCUCACAGCUGGACUCAACCGCGGCGGGAGCCUAAAGUCGAACGGCAGCAGCAACGCCAAUGGGAGUCCCUACGCCAACAGUGGCACCCUGCCCGCCCAUGGCCUGGCCGGAUUCGGAGAUCCGCACAGCUCCCCGGCCGCCCAGCUGACGAACGGGGCGGACAACCUCUGCAGCGAGAUGAGCACUCUGAUGUACGACUACGAGGUGAUCUCCCGCAUCCACGACCUGGUCGGCAGCCUCAAGGGCAGCUACAAGGAGCUGAACGCCAACACGACCCGCAACGUGCUCAACCUCAUCCAGGGCUCCAUCCAGCGCAAGGACGAGGAGAUGGCCUGGGUGGACUCGUGCUGCCUGCAGCUGACCGGCCGGCACAAGUCCGGCAAGGAGGAGACCUUCACAUUCCAGACGCAGACGCCGGCGGUGAAGAAGGAAUGGAUCACGGAGCUGCGUCUGGCCCAGCUGGCCCUCGACCCGAACAACUCACCGGCGUGGGAGCGCGGCGGCACCCACCAGCCGCUGCAGCAUCACUCCAGCCCCGGAGAUCCCCGCCACACCACCUACGAGCAGCUGCAGCUGCAGGAGGCCGUCCAGCAGAAGCAGUCGCGCAAGAUGCCGCUCUUCGUCAAGGCGAUGCCAGUCUACAAGUCACAGCAUCAAACCGAGGUGCGCUGUGGAUGUUACUAUAGCAUCGCCAACGACACGAAGCUGAGCGGCAAUGCCAGGCGCCGGCACAAGCAGCUCAACUACCUGUGGAUGUGCAGCAGCGACGGCACCUCCUCCCACGUCACCGUCCUGGCCCAGCACCCCCAGCAGGCCGGCAACCUGCGCGAGGCAGGGGCCUUCGACAUCUACGAGACUCAGGUGUCGGCGCUGGAGUUCGUCAAGGGCUUGGAGGCGCAGACGAGGAGCAAGGAUGAGCCGUCGAGCCUGCUGGGUGACCUGGUCUGGCUGGGCACUGAUAGCCGCAAGAUUCUGGUCUACUCGGCCCGCAAUCCGGAGCAGGAGGAGCAGCUGGGCAGCUACUCGGUGCCGGGGGCAGUGCAGCGGAUACUCUAUCACUUCGAUGCCGUCUACGUGGCCCUCUCGGGAGCCAUGGUGCUGAUCUAUCGGCGCGGCCACGACGGCAUCUGGCAGCUGCGGGAUCCCCAGAUCGUGCGGCUGGGCGACACGGACCUGCCCGUGCCCAGCCUCCUGCCCAUCAACAUGUGCAUCUAUGCGUCCUGCGGCAACCGGGUGUACGUCCUGAACGCCCUCAACGGUGAGAUCCAGCGGAGCUUCGAGGUGCAGCACGGCGCCAGCCAGCAGGUGAACCUGAUGGCCCACUCGGGCAUCGGCCUGUGGAUCUCGCUGAAGAACUCCACCAUGCUCUGCCUCUACCACACGGAGACGUUCAAGCACCUGCAGGACAUCAACAUCGCCUCCAGCGUCCUGCGGCACGACGGCAAGAAGGAGCAGCCGCUGAACAACAGCUCCGUCUACGUCACCGCCCUGAUGGCCUGCAAGGGUCUGCUCUGGGUGGGCACCAAUGUGGGCAUUGCGGUCACCAUACCGCUGCCCCGCCUGGAGGGUGUGCCCAUCAUCAGCGGUGGCAUCAACAUGUCCUGCCACGCCCACUUCGGACCCAUCACCUUCUUGCUGCCGCUGAUCCCCAAGGUGUAUCCCAGCUACAAGCCGCCGAUGGGCGGUGGCGGAGUAGCGGCGGGAGUGGCACCUCUGGUGCCCAGCAUGGGCGAGGACCUGCAGCUGCCGGCCAUCGAUGCCGAUCCCAAGCUGGAUCUGGACGAUAGCGCCGUGAUCCUGCGCCGGGACCUAGUCAAGGAGGAGCAGGCCACCUCCACCCCCAUUGCGGGCUCUGCCGGGGGACUGCUGGCGCGGGACCUGAUCACCGAGGGCGACGAGUCGGCCGCGUCCGCCGCAUCCGCCGCAUCCGCCGCCUCCUCGCCGCGCAGCUCCAAGCUGGACAAGCAGCACUCCCUGGACCAGAGCUUCACGGCCAAGAUACGCGCCUCGCUGGCCAACUCGCCGGCCUUCCACCGCAAGCGGUUCCGCGAGGAUCCCAACCGCAUGUCGAAGACCCUGCCCCGGGGACUGGGCGCCACAGCAGCUGCCGGAGCAGCCAAUGGCGGGGCAGCCGCGGCUGGAACUGCAGCGGCGGCGGCGGGAGUGGGAGGAAACCAUGGCGAGCACGGCUACUGCGACGUGUACGGACUGUAUGGGAAGCUGAUCUUCGUGAAGGAGGACUACGACGCGGAGGAGGGCAACCAGGGCAACCUCAUGGACAUGAUGUACGAGGGCAUGCGCCGCUCCGACCCCGAGCUGGCCGCCAUACCCGGCAAGGUGUGCACCCUGGACCGCCGGCUGCGGAUGAAGGCCUCCCGGCCGAGAUCACUGGACCUCUCGAACUGGUCGGUGGACUCCAAGUCCUCCAGCCUGUACACCUCCUCGGGCAGCGAGGAGAGCAUGGGCAUACGCCUGUUCGGGGGCCGGUCCGUGUCCCGGAACAGCAGCAGCGCCAGCCACAAGACCUCCGGCACGGGCAGCGACCUGGGCAACAUAUCCGAGAACGGUCUGAUGACCACCGCGGACAUCCACCACCACCAGCAGCAGCAGCAACAACAGCAGCAGGUCGGCAAGGCGGAUGAGCCUGGAAGACUGGGAGCUGGAGGAACCCCCGGAGGACUGGACAAGCCGGCCGCCGCUGCGGUGGCCACCCUGAAGCGGAAACAGAAGCAGAACUCCAAGCAGCAGCAGCAGGCCAGCGCCGACGGGCCGCGGACAGUGAUCACCCUGAUGGGUGGACGCGGCUACUGGCGGCAGAUGUGGUACAACACCACCACAGGUGGUUCCCCCAGCCACAAGAACAGCUCGUUCGGCGGCGCCCCCGGCAACGACUCGCAGUCGGACGCCCCGCUGGCGGCCAACUCCAAUGACGCCCACAUUGUCGUCUGGGAGAAGAAGUUAUAAUCGCAGGAGCUGGUGUGCUGCUGCACCCUUCAGCAGCACCCCCACCAGCACCAUCCACCGCUCACGGAUCUGUGGCGCCACCAGGCACAGCACCAGGCUCAGCAGCAGCAGCAGCAGCGUCGUGGGCGGGGUCGUGUCCGCUUCCGGGGAUCCUUUAUGCAGCGGGAUCGUAGUGCCGGCACUGAGACUGGCACGGGAACUGGAAGUGGC